GUCUCCUGCAUGCGCACCGGUCCAAUGUGCAUUACUGUUAUUAUUCAUCUCUGGUGAAUCAAAGAUCACGAGACUAAACAAUAAGCCAUCACACACGCUGGAAACUUGAACAGUUAAACAUGAGCUGAGUUGCACAAACUUAUUCAACAACUUUUUUUCAUAUUUUGGAGAUGAUUGCAUGGAGUUUUUUUCAUUGCAUUGCUGAUGCAGUGAGUUCAUGAAGAUCUUUUUUUGGUGCUGUACAAGGACACAACUAGUACAUUUUGUUGGCAUAUGAGAGGUAGAGAAUGGCUUGAAGCGAAACGAGAGAUUUGCUGAAGAAUGCACUGCAGUGGAUUCAAAUGAAGAUUUCUACUGUCUGCAUGUGUUCAACAACAAACAAACAAAAAAGAGAUGAAGACGCGGUCAGUGUAAUAGUGUUGGGCAGUUGCCAGCUGUCUGGGUCAGACACGUUUUAGACUCGAGCUGCUGUCUGAAGGAAGCCGCUUUAUUAAACUCAUGAAUGUUCGUCUGCACAGUAACUACCGCUUCUGCUGCGAUAGUAAGAAAUACACGCAAAAGGAGGUGAUAUACAGGAUAUAUCUCUGUUGGAACUGGACGACUCUUCUGCUGGAUGUUCUAGAGAAUAGCCGGCAUUUCAUCUGAUGUUCAUCCGGCAAACAAAUGGAUUGUUCGGGACAAGCUCCUAAUAUAGAUCUGCUGCUGUGGAAUAACAUGAAGAGAGUUCUUAUGGAUGAUUCUUGGCCUUCCUAGAGACUUCACCUUUAGGAAGACUUUUAAACCUGGGAUUAAGUGUGAACUGAGUUUCGAAUGUGUCGAGGAUGCUUGUCACGGAUAUGUUAUGGUGCGAAGCUGGAUUGAUCAUAUCACUUUAAUCCACUUGUAGCCUGCCCCGACCCCCCUACCCCCACACUCAUGUCAGAUAUUCCCUAAAUUAUGGAACUUUUUUGGAAGACGCUGACUUGGAUAUUUAGCCUGGUCUUGGCUGCUGCUGAAUCUCAGAUCCUGUCAUACAACUCUCAAGCGGAAUUCCUGUCCACGCUGGAGCACUAUCAGCUGACAGUCCCAGUGCGGGUGGAUGAGAGGGGCCAGUUCAUGAGUUACACUGUGAAGCAUUACAGGCCCGGUCGGCGGAGACGUGGACUGGACCAGGCUGAGCUGGACCACACUGAGACCAGGCUUUUUUACAAACUCUCCGCCUACGGCAAGCACUUUCACCUGAAUCUGACACUCAACCCCAAUCUGGUUUCUAAACAUUUCACAGUAGAGUACUGGGGCAAAGACGGACUAGACUGGCAACAUUCAGUGGUCCAUAACUGCCACUAUGUUGGAUAUCUACUGGAUCAAUAUAGCACUACAAAAGUGGCAUUGAGCAACUGCAAAGGCUUGCAUGGUGUCAUAACCACAGAGGACGAGCAAUAUUUAAUAGAGCCAUUAAAAAAUAUAUCCAGAAAUUUCAGUGAUGUCAACCACACAGGACAACCACAUGUUAUUUAUAAAAAGACUUCCAUUCCCUCUCCACAAGAGCCAAGCGAGGAGUUCAGCUGUGGUGUUUCAGACUUCACAAUAAGCAGGACACCCUGCUACGAUACCAACCCUGAAGAAAACCCAUCGUACCAAGUCCCGGGCAGCGACAGCUCGACGGGUGGCCAUCGCCAGCGCCGGUCCGUCAGUUCUGAACGCUUUGUGGAGACCCUAGUGGUGGCGGACAAAAUGAUGGUCGGCUACCACGGUCGCAAAGACAUCGAGCACUACAUCCUGUCUGUAAUGAAUAUUGUUGCCAAACUUUACCGUGAUGCCAGUCUUGGAAACGUUGUGAACAUUAUUGUAACCCGACUGAUUGUUCUGACAGAAGAUCAGCUCAACUUGGAGAUUAACCACCAUGCAGACAAAUCUCUAGACAGCUUCUGUAAAUGGCAGAAAUCCAUUCUUUCUCAUCAGGGGGAUGGAAACAGUAUCCCAGAGAAUGGGAUCGCCCAUCACGACAAUGCUGUUCUCAUUACAAGGUAUGACAUCUGCACCUAUAAGAACAAACCCUGCGGUACUCUCGGUUUGGCGUCUGUAGCCGGAAUGUGUGAGCCAGAGAGGAGCUGUAGUAUUAAUGAAGAUAUAGGCCUUGGCUCUGCCUUCACUAUUGCACAUGAGAUCGGACACAAUUUCGGCAUGAACCACGAUGGGAUCGGGAACUCCUGCGGGACCAAAGGUCACGAGACAGCCAAGCUGAUGGCGGCCCAUAUCACAGCCAACACCAACCCCUUCUCCUGGUCAGCCUGCAGCAAGGACUAUAUCACCAGCUUUUUGGACUCAGGUCGGGGAACGUGUCUGGACAAUGAGCCUCUGAAACGAGACUUCCUGUACCCCACUGUGGCUCCAGGGCAGGUGUACGAUGCAGAUGAACAGUGUCGUUUCCAGUACGGUGCCUCCUCCCGUCAGUGCAAAUAUGGGGAAGUGUGUAGAGAGCUCUGGUGCCUUAGCAAAAGUAAUCGCUGUGUCACCAACAGUAUCCCCGCUGCAGAAGGAACCCUGUGCCAGACCAGCACCAUUGAAAAGGGGUGGUGUUAUCAGGGUGAAUGUGUGGCAUUUGGGACAUGGCCGCAGAGCGUGGACGGAAGCUGGGGACCUUGGACAACCUGGGGAGAAUGCAGUCGUACCUGCGGUGGUGGCGUCUCCUCGUCCAUGCGACAUUGUGACAGCCCAGCGCCAACAGGCGGAGGGAAGUACUGUCUCGGAGAGAGGAAGCGCUACAGAUCGUGCAACACUGACGCUUGUCCAGCAGGAUCACGUGACUUUAGAGAGAAGCAGUGUGCCGAUUUUGACAACAUGCCUUUCCGUGGGAAGUACUACAACUGGAAGCCAUACACUGGAGGUGGAGUGAAACCGUGUGCUUUGAACUGUCUGGCUGAGGGCUACAACUUCUACACAGAACGUUCCCCCGCUGUCAUCGACGGCACGCGCUGCCAGGCCGACUCGCUGGACAUAUGCAUCAAUGGAGAGUGUAAGCAUGUUGGCUGUGAUAACAUCCUGGGCUCGGAUGCCAAGGAGGACAGAUGCCGUGUGUGCGGCGGGGACGGCAGCACGUGUGAGGUCACCGAAGGACUGUUCAACGAUUCACUACCCAGAGGAGGUUACAUGGAGGUCGUCCAGAUACCUAAAGGAUCGGUUCAUAUUGAAAUCAGGGAAGUGGCCGUGUCAAAAAACUAUAUUGCUUUGAAAUCGGAGGGGGAUGACUAUUACAUCAACGGAGCCUGGACCAUCGACUGGCCCCGCAAAUUUGACAUCGCAGGAACAGCCUUCCACUACAAGAGGCCGACCGAUGAACCCGAGUCGCUAGAAGCUCUAGGGGCCACCACUGAAAAUCUGGUGGUUAUGGUGCUGCUACAGGAACAGAACCUGGGCAUCCACUACAAGUUCAAUGUGCCCAUCCAGCGUACAGGAAGUGGGGACAAUGAAGUGGGCUUCUCUUGGCACCAUCUGCCCUGGUCUGAGUGCUCAGCAACAUGUGCAGGAGGUUCGCAGAAGCAGGAGGUGGUGUGUAAAAGACUGGAUGACAACUCCGUGGUCCAAAACAGCUACUGUGACUCGGACAGCAAACCGCCAGGGAACCAGCGGCCCUGUAACACCGAGCCUUGCCCUCCCGAGUGGUUUAUCGGUGACUGGUCAGAAUGUGGGAAAACCUGUGACGGAGGCAUCCGAACACGUACCGUUUUGUGUAUACGUAAACUCGGUCCCGCCGAGGAGGAGACCCUGCAGGACAGCCACUGUCUGACCCAUCGACCAAUAGAGCAAGAGUCCUGCAACAAUCAGUCCUGCCCACCCCAGUGGGUGACGCUGGAUUGGUCUGAGUGUACCCCAAAGUGUGGCCCUGGCUUCAAACAUCGUAUUGUUCUGUGUAAAAGUAGCGACCUGACCAAAACCUUCCCACCAGCCCUCUGUGCGGACCAUAACAAACCUCCAGUCCGGAUUCGCUGCAGCCUCGGUCGCUGUCCGCCGCCACGCUGGAUCCCUGGAGAAUGGGGACAGUGCUCUGCUCAGUGUGGCCUAGGGCAGCAGAUGCGGACGGUUCAGUGUCUGUCGUAUACGGGACAGCCCUCCAACGAAUGUCCAGAAUCACUACGGCCCAACAAAAUGCAGCAGUGUGAAAGCAAGUGUGACGCUACACCCAUCUCCAGUGGCGACGAGUGCAAAGACGUAAAUAAGGUGGCAUAUUGCCCAUUGGUGCUGAAGUUCAAGUUCUGCAGUCGUGCGUACUUCAGGCAGAUGUGCUGCAAGACGUGCCAAGGACACUGACCCUGCGGAGAAGCAGAGACAGAUGCUGCAACAGAAAACUGGCAGAGAGAGAGAAAAGCAGACCAGUGUUGGAGGAGUCAACACUGGGCAUGGAGAAGGAAGCCUCUCUCUCUUGCUCAUCAACACACACAUAACUGCUUUUAGCCCUGUGGAACCCAAACCACUGCUCAGCACUGCGCUGACACCUGUUUAAUUUUCACUUCUGUGAAGUGGGAAUGUAUAAAAUGAUCAUUAUUGUUGUUAUUUUUAUAAUAAUAAUAAUAAUUGCUAAUGGUUAUUAUUAUUAUCAGUGUCUUUCUGUUGUUAUAAUCCAAAGUGCUGGACACAACGCUCACAGAAGUAGCACGGCAGAGGUUUACUUCAAGGUGGCCAUCUACAGGAGUUUGGGAUGUUGGUAUAUCCCCUUGUCUUACAUAAACACUCCUCCCACGGUUCUUUUGGCAACUCAGAGGCAUUCCAAAUGAUGGCGAUUACUCAUUAUGGGAGUAAUUGGAAGUCAUUUGUUUUCAAUAACAGUUGGCGAUUUGAAGCAACAUGAGCAUCAGAGACUGACCACAACCAACAAUGGGAGUGCGAACACUGCCAUACACAUUAUCUGCCACAUGAUAGGAACAUUUCCAAAAAAUGGACAGGACAGCGACUUGGUGACAUGAAUGCCUCUUUAGGGUUAUAAAAAAUGUUCACAUUUUCCACCCAAAUGAUACUUUCCACCCCUAAAAAAAAAGUGUAGAUCAGGGGUACCAAACCCUGCUCUUGGAGUGCUACCUUCACUGUAAUUGUGUCUAAACACUGCAGGAUGGUAGCAGGGUUGGCUACCCCAGGUAGAGAUUGAAUUGACCUUUGAUUUCAAAAAUAUAGACCAGGAGUGUCCAAUCCUGCUCCCUCCUGGAGGACCAACUGUCCUACAGAGUUUAACUCCAACCUGCCCAAUAAACUUGUCUGGAAGUUUCUAGUAAUCCUGCAUUCUUUAAAUACUUGGUUCAGGUGUUUUUAAUUGUGGUAGAAGCUUAACUCUGCAGGACAGUGGCCCUCCAUGAAUAGGAUAGGACACCCCUGGUACUGUAAUAGAUGGUUAGAGCCUGUGUUGGUCAGCUCAACUGUUUAUUUUUGGGGUUAAAUGGAGUUACCCAAUACUAGAUAUGCAUGUGGUUUUUAUUGAAAGUUCAACUUGGAACUUCUCUGUACUUCUAUGUACUAUAAACUUCUUGGCAGACACUUUUAUCCAGAAUGACUUGCAUUGAAUUCAAGGACUACAACCCUUGACCUCGGAGUUGUUAGCGGCAGGCUCUGCCAGUUGAGGAACUUCUAAACUUGACAGCCCUUAGUUGUUACACUUUCGACAAUAACUUUCUAAAAUAACAUUGAGACCAGGGCCAAAAGGGCCAAAGACAAACAUGGUUUGUGAUUGGAUGCUGAAUUUGUGCAGGAGAAAUCUCAAUUAGAGCUUCAGAGUCCAGAUGUUCAGUUGUGCUAGUCACCUGUUUUACUGAGCUGAAUCACAUGACCACAGGCCAAAGAAUUCCACCAUUGUCUGACACUCGAACAAGGCCUGAAAUUCAGAUUAGCUCCAAAGGGACAUUUCUACUGUGUCUUUAGAAUUACUGUGGACACCAGAGAGAUAUUAAUUGCGAUUCUGACGUGAUUCUGCUUUAUGGAUCCGUAUUUUGCUUUAAAUUCCGGGGUUCUGACAUCUAUGCGUUUGUUCCGGGGCCCGCCGUGUUCCAGACGCAAUAAUUCUCGCAUAAUGCGUGCUGCAGCCACAAUCCGCCACAUUAUCAGCACCAUACACAGACAAUUCAUCAGCACGGGGGUGACUUGCUUGGAUACCUCCUGGUCUGUGACGCUGAAGCAUUAGUAGAGUUAAGUGAAGGGCCAGUGCCUGGGUAACCUGCCAGAUCCCGCAGAUCCAGUUUGCCAUCGACUACCUCCAAAACACCUCUUCCUCCUUCCCUGAGAUAGCAGUGCUUCCAGCCCACUCCAUUAAACCCUCCACACUCAAUGGUGCUUUUCUUGUCUCAGUGGAGGACUGUUUGUUCCACUGCCCUUCUUCCGUUCAUCUUUUGAGUGGCCCUGUGGUGCUAUAAGACCUUGAUGCAUUCUGGGUAUGCGGUCUAAGCAAAUGACAGAAAACCAAGAAUACUUUAGUUCUGUUCCAAAUUCUAGUGAGCUUCCUACCUAGACCAGAUUUUUAAGGCAUCAUAGUUGCGUUCCUGAUUUGAAGACUUUUCCAAAAAGUAAGCUGUUCCUUUUAUGUCACGGAAGGCGGAAUAGCAUAUUUCCUUUGCAAAGGCAAAACCAGAAUCCAUUGUGUUGUAAAACAUUCUAGAUUGCAGACUAAGUGAGAAGUAUAAAUGUUUGACUUAAUACUGAAGAGUAUGAAAAAUGUAUAAAAAUACAAUUGAACCCA